AUGCGCUGGCCCACGACGGCCAGGUCCCAGCGUCCCAUGGAGGAUGCCACAGGCGGCUUGACCUUGCAGGAGCUUGAUUGGCCGAACCUGCAUGGCUUCUCCUGCGGUGCCUCGGGGGUGCUCUUCCUCUUCGAACUGGUGAGGUUUUGCUUGGGCCAACCACCCUCCGACAUUGAAUGCUACGCUGCCGCGUUGAUCUACUCCGUGGUGUAUGCCACCAGGUUCGAUGGCAUUCGCAACUUGGCGCCGCACUUCAGAGACCGGUUCCGGCCCUACUAUGUGCCGGGCCUCGUCGGCUUGAUGUAUUUCCACUGGCUGGAUACAGUGGACAUGUUGAACCAGUGGUUGGACCCACGGUACUGGGAGCAUGUGGUUGUGGACCUGCCCGACCAGGCGUGGACCAUCGCGGACGUGAGACUCACUGGGCUCUUUAUGUACCCCAAGGCACAUGAGACCAUCACUGUGGGACAGGCCAUUUGCUGGGCUGCAACUACGGAGUGCGGGGGCUCGUCCAACUGGUCUGUCACUCCUGACUUGCCUGAGGGGCUUGUGUUAGACAGCUCUUCAGGGAAGAUCACUGGAGCCGCCAAGGAGAUUUGUGAGCCGAAGAGCUACGAGAUCACGGCCACAAAUUCUGGGGGCAAGGCGGCGGUCACCUUGGGACUCGAGGUCAGGGCUGGGCGACCGAAGGGACCAGUCUAUCCAGUGCCCGAGGACGGCCUGGUGUUGCAUGUGGGUGAGCCGUUUGAGCUAGCGCCAGAGGAUGCUGGAGCCGAUGUGACUUUCAGCAUAAGUCCCAGCCUUCCUGCUGGCCUCCACAUAGACGAGGCCACGGGAUGCAUUAGCGGGACACCUACAGAGGAAACCGCAAGGACCGAGUACGAGGUUACAGCCAGCAACAUGUCUGGCAGCGAGGCAGCGAGCCUCGCCUUGACCGUAAAGGCGGAACAGGUCAGCAAUCUGAGAUACCCGGAGUUGAACGACAGCUACCAGCUGGGUGAAGAGAUUUGCUUGAGACCUGAGGUUCAGGGAGCCGUAUCAAGAUUCUCCGUGGCCCCGCCCCUGCCGGCUGGGCUCAGCUUGAAUGAAGCCACAGGUGAAGUCACUGGAGCUUUUGACGCCAUUUCAGAUGGGUCCUCCCAUGUCGUCACAGCUGCUGGAGAGGACAAUGCCACCAGCACUGAGCUGAUAUUCAUCGUGGUCGUUCCACCUCCGUCCAACUUGAGCUAUCCGAUGGCAAGCCUCUCAUAUGCCUUGGGCGAGCCGGUGUCCAUCGAAGCCGAGUUGGAGGGGUCAGAUUGCCGCUUCAUGGUGGAGCCAGCUCUGCCAGAGGGCUUGACCCUUGAUGCGGAGAGCGGUUGCAUCAGCGGCACCCCCGAAGCGCAGUGUCCAGAGACAACGUACAAGAUUACUGCCACCAACGCUUCAGGGAGUGCAGAGACAUCUCUUAGCUUUCAGGUGGAGGAGGUCCAGACAGUGGAUGCUGAGAACAUCGACCAAAACUUUGCCGAGAUGUUGGAGGCCAUCGAAGACUUGGCAGACAUGGUGGAGGAGCCAUCCAAGGUGAAGUCGUUUGGAGACUGGAUGAUUUGGAUGGUCCACCGUGCGCACUUGAACGAUCCCACGUUAACAGACUUCAACUUCAACAACAUGCACAUGCCCCCGGCGCACUUGGAGGCCAGAAUAGCCCCCAAGUUGGCCAAGGCAAUGGCGACCAACACGCACAUCACAAUCCUCUCCCUGGUCAACUCCAACCUGCACAAGGCCGAGGGCAGCGUCCUGGCGGCUUCCCUGGCAGUGAAUACCACUGUCGUCCAUGUCAACUUGGAGAACAAUGUCCUAGACUCCUCAAGCGUGAAAGAUUUUGCCACAUCUAUUCUGCAGAACCCAAGCAGUAAAAUUGAAACGCUGCGGUUCAACCAGCAGAAGGGCGUGGGAAAUUGCUUCGGCCGGCCGGUGGAAGAAGCCUUCGGAGCGCUCUUGGAAAAGAACGAUACCUUGCUCAGGUUGGGCUUAAACUGCAACGACGCCCACUGGCGGAACCUCAUCGACCGGGCCCUGCUCCGAAACAAUGACUACGCUAGGAGGCGACGGCGAAAGCAGAGCGGUGGUGAAGAGGAUGAGGUGCAGGCCGAGGAGAAGUCUUUACGGCGCUUGAUGCUCACCGUGCCACCUCAGGGCAAGGCAGUCCUGGCCAAGGAUGGGCCACAGAGGGCGGUGCAGGGCUUCGUAGUGGCGCAACGGAAGUUCCCCACCUCGUCGCAAUUGCAGAACUACGCCAAAGGCAUUGGCAUUCCAUUGAAGUACAGCGAAGGAGCUCCAGCCCUCCGGGACUUCCGUGCUGCUGUCUUGGAUGCGGCCAAAACCACGAAGGUCACAGUGGCAGAUGCCUUCGAGGUGGAUGUCAGUGGGACCAUGAAGUCUUGGUCCAUUGAAAAUGACAAGUGGACUUUGGACAUAUGGGCGGAAGGAAAGAGGUUCAAAUACAAGUCCUCAGCCGGCAAAGAGGUGGCACUUGGGGUCUCUGAACAGUGGGCUGCCUGGCUGGGUGAGGGUGAAACUGCCGGGUAUCCAUCGUGA